AUGUCACUUUCACUCUCUAUUCUCCUCGCCUCAGCCGCGAUGGCUGUUGCGCAGACAACCACCUUGGACAUCGUCUUUCCGGUUGAAGGCAUCAAGACCAUGUACGGAGCGGUCGUUGAUGCCAAUCCCGAGGUCACGACAUUCGCUCUUCAUUGUGCUGAGCAUGUCGAAAAUGUACAAUGUCACAUUCUUGGCACCCAGACUGUGGUCCAAGGUCCAUCCACCCUUUCCAUUCAGUACUAUUUCGCUGGGGAUGAGGAAGCUGGCUAUUUCUCUGAGGAUCUGGCUUGCAAACUCGACAGGGAAAAGGGUGCCGCCACCUGUCACAUCGACAUUGCGUCCGAAGCCAGCAAGGGCAAGACUGUGUCUACCUCUCUCGUUACCAUCAACACGGAACUGGCGUCUCUCAUGAUUCCCGCUGUCAUCACCGAAGGGGUUGACAAGCUUGAGAACCCGAACACUGCCUCUCCGGCAUCCGCAACCGAUGUUACGAUUUCUUCGACGGCGACCAGUUCAAAGAUGGAGGAGACUUCUGUAUCUGAAGGAAGCUCGAGCGCGGCGCACGAAACACCAGCUGCGUCAUCUCCAGCGGUCGAAACCAAUGACUCUCGGGCUAUAGACGUUGGGAAGUACGCGUUGGUUGGGUUAGCUGCCACGGCUGCAGCUUUCUUCCUGGCUUAG